AUGAGUUCUGAGAUUGUAAAAGAAGACUGUGUAGGUUAGGCAGCAAGAGAUUCAUCUAGAGUUCUCUCCCUUAAAUUCAAUCGCAGGAUGUUUGAAAGUGAUGAUAUAUCAUUAGUAAUAACCCAUUGUGGAGUUUGCUAUGCUGAUGUUGUCUGGACAAUAAAUAAACAUGGAGAUUCAAAGUAUCCAGUGGUUCCUGGACAUGAGAUUGUUGGAAUUGUGAAGGAGGUUUGCUCGAGUGUUAAACGCUUCAAAGUUGGUGAUCAUGUAGGAAUAGGAACUUAUAUCAACUCAUGUAGAGAUUGUGAUUACUGUAAUAAUGGGUUGGAGGUUGAUUGUGUAAAAGGGUCAGUUCCCACUUUCAAUGGCAUUGAUGUAGAUGGUACUGUCAUAAAAGGAGGAUACUCUAGUUUUAUUGUCGUCCAUGAAAGGCAGAUACCUGUUGACUAUCCAUUGGCUUCAGUAACACAUUUGUUUUGUGCUGGAAUUACUAUUUACGCCCCAAUGAUGCGGUAUAAGAUAAACCAAUCUAGCAAGUCCCUUGACAUGAUAGGGCUUGGUGGUCUUGGUCACAUUGCAGUGAAAUUUGGAAAGGCUUUUAGAUUGGAAGUAACAGUUUUUAGCACAAGCAUAUCCAAGAAAGAGGAAGCCCUGAAUUUACUUGGUGCUGAUAGAUUUGUUCUAGCAUCUGACACAGAGCAUAUUAUGGGCCUCAUUAAGUCGCUGGACUUUAUCAUUGAUAUAGCCUCUGGCGAUCACCUAUUUGAUCAAUACAUGUUGCUCUUGAAGAUUGCUGGUGUUUACAUCCUGGUGGGGUUCCCAAGUGAAGUCAAAUUCAGUCAUGCAAGCCUUAUUCUGGGCAUGAGAACCUUUUCUAGUAGUGUUAUUGGAGGUUUAUAUUUAACCCAAGAAAUUAUUGACUUUUGUGCUGCUCAUAAAAUUUACCCACAUAUAGAGAUAAUUCCCAUCCAGCAAGCCAACGAAGCUCUUGAAAGGUUAAUAAAAAUGGAUGUGAAGUACGAAUUCGUGAUUGAUGUUGAGAAUUUCCUAAAAUGA